GUCUCCCAGGGGAAUAAGGGUGGUGUUAACGUGUGUAUGAUGGUGUAUGUCUCUCUCUCCGUCUCCCAGGGGAAUAAGGGUGGUGUUAACGUGUGUAUGAUGGUGUAUGUCUCUCUCUCCGUCUCCCAGGGGAAUAAGGGUGGGGUCAGCGCACGCAUGACGGUGUUCGGCCACUCCGUGUGCUUCCUGAACUGCCACCUCCCGGCGCACAUGGAGAACUCUGAGCAGCGCAUGGACGACUUCGACUCCAUCCUGCAGCAGCAGCAGUUUGAGGGCCAGGCCGCCAAGGGCGUGCUGGACCACGAUGUGGUGUUCUGGUUUGGGGACUUGAAUUUUCGUAUUGAGAAGUACGAAAUGCACUUUGUGAAGGGUGCCAUCGACGACAACAAGCUGUCUCUGCUUUGGCCACAAGACCAGCUCAACAUGGCGAAGGACGCUGAGCCAAUACUGGAGGGCUUUCAGGAGGGACCUCUCAAAUUUCCCCCCACUUACAAAUUUGAUGUCGGGACACACACGUACGACACUAGUGGUAAGAAGCGGAAGCCCGCGUGGACGGACCGUGUGCUGUGGCGGCUGAGGCCGGUGGCGCCGCCCGGGCCCGUUAGUAACGACGCGCUGAGACGCAGCCCGACGGCCGUGCUCACCAGCGGCACCGCCGUCACCCAACACUUCUACCGCAGCCACAUGGAGUUCACCGUCAGCGACCACAAGCCCGUCUCCUCCCUGUUCACCCUGCAGUUCCCUUACAAAGUGGACAUUCCUUUGGUGACUCUUACUGUGGAAGACGAGUGGAUCCAAGUGUCGGACGCCAGGGCCAAAUUCAAAAUGGCUGCCAACUACUCGCGCAGCUCCUGGGACUGGAUCGGACUGUACAAGGUCGGAUUCAAGCACCACAAGGACUACGCGGCGUAUGCGUGGGCCAAACAGGAAGAGUCCGAUUACUUGACGCAGGAAUUUCAGGUGACAUUUGCAGAGGAGGAUUUGCCCAAAGGCUCAGGAGACUACAUCUUGGGUUACUAUAGCAACAACAUGAGCACCAUCGUGGGAGUGACAGAGCCCUUCCAGAUCCAGUUGCCCUCGUCCAGCCCGGAGGCCAGCCCGUCAGACAGCUCUGAUCUGAGCUCUGAGGAGGAGGCGGCUCUGAUCCGGCCCGGGUCCCGGAGCCCCAGCCCGGCCCGGCCCAAACGCGCCCGCCGGAGCCGGAGUAGGAGCAGGAGCCGGAGCAGGAGCCGGAGCCCCGCCCUGUCCAAGCUGAAGGGCCUGUGUCUGCGUUCCCGCAGCCCCUCGCCCUGCCCUCCCGCCGGGGCCAAACCAGGGGCCAAACCAGGGGCCAAACCAGGGGCCAAACCGGGGCCCGACUCCCCCGACGGCUCUGCCAUGGGGGCCCUCAUCACCGCCGUGUCCGGGGAGAGGCUGUCCGCCCUGGCCACCGAGCCCGCCGGAGAGAGCAAGGAGGCGGUGCAGUCGUAGCACAACCCCGCCAGCCUCCAGAAUGACUUCUCUCUCUCUCUCCCUCUGUCUCUCGCUCUGUCUGUCUCCUCUCUCUCUCGCUCUCUCUCUCUGUCUCUCGCUCUGUCUGUCUCCUCUCUCUCUUCUCUCUCUCCCCGCUCUCUCUGUCUCCUCUCUUUCUCCCUCCCUCUCUCUCUCUCCCUCUUUCCUCUCCCUCUCUCUCUCCCUCUUUCUCUCUCCUCUCCCUCUCUCUCCCUCUCCCUCCCUCUCUCUCCCUCUUUCCUCUCCCUCUCUCUCUCCCUCUUUCUCUCUCUCCUCUCCUCUCCCUCUCUCUCCCUCUCUCUCCCUCUCUCUCUCUCUCUUGCUGUCCCCUGUUCAGAGGUUUGUGUGCGAUUUCAAACCACCCGUAAGAAAAGAAAAACACAGACGAUGUUUCUGUGUUUUUGUUUAUUCUGGUACUUCACCGGUUCUUACAUUUUUUUAAAUAUCGGGACCCAAAUUACAAAUACCUUUUUAAGUAUCAUGACAAAUGCUUAAAUCAUUUCAAAAUACAACCUAAUAGGAAAUGUAGUACCCUUCAGGGACCCAUGAAAUACACAUCCUGGCCUGAGUGGAGUAGAGACUCAUUCCAGGACCCAGCUCGUAUGCUCCCGUGUCCCGUAGUGUCAGAAGCAGUGCUGUAUGAUGUGAUGACAUCAUCAGGACUGGAGGAGGCCUCUUGUGACAUCCUGUCCUUCUGACAUCACCAAAGGGCCGCAGGACAUUUCCCAACGACCACUCCCAGAGCGCUUUCUCUCAUAUGUCCCAGUCUUUACUACCGUCAUUUUAUCUUCUCCCUCCUCUAAUCGUAGUUGGAAUGACCCCGUUUGCCUUUUAACACUGCCUGCAGAGCAAUUCACCCAAAACCACAGCUACCCACAAUCCACUGUGCUCCCAGACCAGCCCCGCCUUCACACAGGGGGAGUUAUCCAAUCAGAUCAUUUGUAGUAUGUACUGUAUUAGCUCUGCUUAGAUCAUGUGACUGUAAGUAUUUUCGAAACCUUGCGGGAGACUGCAAACCUCUCAGCAAAAAAGCAAACUAGAGACACGCUGUUGGCAAGGAUGACUGACAAUAAGCUUAGAUGAGUCAAUAAGCUUCAAAGUUCAGCGGGUAUCUUAAAUGACGAUGCGUCCUGACAUUUUAAGAGUAACUUGGUGCAGUUUGUACUUGACCCUGUUUGAAAUUGUGUUAUCUUUCGUCGUACUGUGAUCUGUGUUUUUAUUUGUAUUACCUGUCAGCAGAUGGGUUAAGGGUCACAACCCCUGUGACUGAAGGCUCUUUGCACACGUGCAGUCUGGCCAUUUUUAAGAGAACGGUUUUUCCCGGUUUGGCACGCUGUUAUUCCCUGAGACUGGGUUGUGCAUUUCCUGAGCAGAAGUGGGAGCCAUUUUACUUCUGAAGGAAGGGCUAUCCUCAGGACUGUGCUGAGAGUUGACCUACAUUGGUCACUAAGACAGGGCUGCCCAACCCUGGUCCUCGUUUUCUGCCGUCCCGUAGGGUUUCACUCCAACCCAAAUAAAGCACACCCCAUUCAAUAUCUGGAGAUCACCUCAAGAGAAUCAUAUUCAAUAGCUAGAGAAGCGCGUAAUCAGUAGAAUAAGGUGUGUGAAGUUACAGUGAGGCUGAAAUUUAAGACCUACGGGCUGGUAGGUCUCCAGGAACAGGGCUGGGCAGACUUUGACCACAGUUAAACGUGUUAUGAUGGGGAAGAGGAUACCUGCCCAGUCAUUCGGGAUCGGGCAGUAGUGAAUGCUGUGGUGUUGUAUCUCCAGGGGGAGGGUAUCAUCUUCCCCGUCUCCUCGUCCCUCUCCCACCCCGCGCUGGGCCUCCAGCUCAACCCAAGCAGUCAGGUUUAGUGGUAGAAUAAUUAGGUUGUGAGUACAGUGCUCCGUCUUAGACACUGUGUGACUUUUGAGUCAGGUUGUUAUUGUAGGACGGUGUAUACUUUUGUGAUGUAACUCCACAGUGUGGUUGAACACGAUAUUCUGAAUACUGUCUGUGUGUGUGCACACGUCACGCUUCCGUCCGUGUGUGUGCGUGCGUGUGUGUGUGCGCGCGUGUGUACGCUCGCGCCUGUGUGUACGUCUGCGUGUGCGUGUG